AAUCAUAAUCCCGCUGUUUAGAGUUUUUUUACAUCAAUAAGUAGAAAUUUUUGAAAUUUGUAAUGUGAAGUACAAAUAGUUCAAUAAAGUACGCAGUAAACUCUGUAAACAAUCAAGAAGUAUACUUGUGGAUAUCAGCAGUUGUCAUCCCAGUCUUUCGAAAUUCGUAAGUCUAAAAAAUUGGUCAUCUCAAAAGACUGGUCCAUAUCUUUCGGCUCGAUUGCAAUUCAAAACGAUGGAGUACCAAAUAGCAAAGGGGACAAAGUUGAAGCUGAAGGGGUCCAAGAAUAAGGCUUUGUUGGAAGUAAAAAAGAAGAAGCGCAAGUCCACUACGACGACCAGUGACAGUGCGGAGAAGAAAGCUGCCCAAGCGGUGCUCGAGGAUACGGUCAAACAUGGUGGGUGGUGGUUCGUGACAAAGUUUGAUGAAAUAUCCGGCACAGUGGCAAUUGAGUUUGGGAACAGCACUUAUGUGAAAUGCUUGGACGAUGGAACUUUCACGCUAGGGGCGCCGCAUAACGAUGGCGAUGGCCCUGCGCCGGAGGAAAUAUUCACUGCAAUUCGUAUCAACGAUGACAAAAUUGCUCUCAAGUCUGGUUAUGGCAAGUAUUUGGGUGUCGACAAGGGUGGAGGUGUCGUAGGUCGUAGUGACGCAGUGGGGGCGGUAGAACAAUGGGAAGUCGUUUUUGAAGAGGGCAAGAUGGCUUUACUCAGCAAUUCUGGCCAUUUUAUGACCAUUGAUCCAGUAGAAGAGAGUGUAGUCUGCAAAUCACGAAAGGCUGGACCAUCUGAAAUUAUAAAGCUGAGAUGUAUCGUAGAACGAAAAGUUGAGCGUACUGGUGCUGAGGUUCCAGGAGAAGAAGAAUGCGGUUCUGUGAAAGAUAUUGAGCUAAACUAUGUAAAAAAGUUUCAAAAAUUUCAAGACAAAAAGAUGCGACUUUGUGAGGAGGACUUGGAGAGUGUCAAAAAGGCGAAGGAAGAAGGAACGCUGCAUGAAUCCCUUCUGGAUAGGAGAUCAAAGAUGAAGGCUGAUCGAUAUUGUAAAUAGUAUACACCUUUUUGUUAUUAUAUUGAAUUAAGAGUAAGCACGACCAUAGGAUUGUGUAAUUUUAUGUAAAUCUUUGAUGAGAUCUUAAUUAUAAAUACAUUAAAUAAUUACACCCUCAAUGUUCAAAAUAGAAUAAAGUAAUUGAUAUAGAGUAGAAC